GACGGGGAGGCGCGGAGGGAAGGCAGGAGGAGGAGAAGAAGAAGAAGCGGGGGGGCGGGGGGCGAAGUCCGCGGAGGCAAUUAGCGCCAAUUAACGGAGGGGGCGCCGCGGCGGUGGCGGGCGAGGAGUAGGUCAGGGUCUCGGUCCGGCGGCAGGAGGAGGAGCGUGGGGAAAGGUGCUGGCCGCCGCCGCGGCCCCCGGAGGGGCGGCUGUUGACUUCCUCGCCCCCGCCCGCUUCUUUGCCCCUUCCAGCCACUGCCGCCCUCGGGGCGCGAUGGCAGUUGGCGGCUGAAGGAGCCCCAGCGCCCUCCCCUGGACGAGCUAAUGUUACAGUAAUGGAUUCCAAAGAAUUGCUUCACUCGUCUGAUCAAGACGACGCGAGGAAAAAUGCGCUCCUCAGUACCAAAGGAGGGAUUGUGAUGGACUUCCAUCCACCCUUCAGGGGUGGAGCUACUGUCCAAGGCCCUGUGUCUACAUCUCCUCUCCCUGCAUCUUCUCAGUCAGAUUCCAGUCAGCAACCUGCUUUGGCUGACUUUUCAAAAGGAUUAGUAAACAAUGUGCCUCAGCCAGACCUCUCCAAGGCGGUGUCGCUCUCGAUGGGACUGUACAUGUGUGAAACAGACUCCAAAGUGAUGGGAAACGACCUUGGAUUUUCGCAGCAGGGCCAAAUCGCCGUCUCUUCUGGGGAAACGGACUUCAGGCUCCUGGAAGAAAGUAUUGCCAACUUGAACAAGUCCUCGAGCCUGGCCGAGGACUCGAAGGGAGCCGGAUCUUCUGAGGUGCCUCUUGAGCCGGAUUUCCCAGGCAUGGCUGCCCGCAAUGUCCCUCUGGAGUCAGGAACUGCAGUCCAAAGCCAGGUUGGCUCGAAUGGUGGCAACUUGAAGUUGUUCUCUGAAGACCAAAGCACCCUGGAUAUCCUCCAGGAUUUAGAAUUGCCGCCGGUGUCUCCUGGCAAAGAGCCCAAUGGGAGCCCGUGGAGGCUUGACCCCUUGCUCGAUGACGGUGGCUUGCUGUCCCCUAUAUCUGCAGAUGAUGCAUUCCUCCUGGAAGGAACCCUUGGUGAAGACUGCAAGCCUCCUAUUUUAUCUGACACUAAACCUAAAAUUAAUGACCGUGGUGACCUUUUACCCAGUUCCAAAAUGCCAAUGCCUCAAGUGAAAACAGAAAAGGAAGACUUCAUUGAACUCUGUACUCCUGGCAUAAAGCAAGAAAACAUGGGCCCAAUUUAUUGUCAGGCAAACUUCUCUGGGUCGAAUCUGCUGGGUACUAAAGUCUCUGCCAUCUCUAUCCAUGGUGUCAGUACCUCUGGGGGACAGAUGUAUCACUAUGAUUUAAAUACUGCAUCGCUCUCUCAGCAGCAGGAUCAGAAACCAAUUUUUAAUAUCAUUCCAUCUCUUCCUGCCAGUUCAGACAAUUGGAAUAGGUGCCAGGGAUCUGGGGAUGAGACGUUAGCUCCUUUGGGAACGCUCAACCUCUCUGGCAGACCUGCUUUCUCUAAUGGCUAUUCAAGCCCUGGAAUGAGAUCAGAUGUCAGCUCUUCUCCAUCCACAACCUCAGCGACAACGGGACCACCUCCCAAGCUCUGCCUGGUUUGCUCGGACGAGGCCUCUGGCUGUCAUUACGGGGUUCUGACCUGUGGCAGCUGCAAAGUCUUCUUCAAGAGAGCUGUGGAAGGGCAGCACAACUACCUGUGUGCGGGGAGGAACGACUGCAUCAUCGACAAGAUCCGAAGGAAAAACUGCCCGGCCUGCCGCUACCGCAAAUGUCUCCAGGCUGGCAUGAACCUCGAAGCUCGAAAAACAAAGAAGAAGAUCAAAGGCCUGCAGCAGGCGAGCGCCACGGGGGCGCGGGAUGCUUCCGAGAGCCCCGGCAACAAGAGCAUCGUUCCUGCCACCCUGCCCCAGCUCACCCCCACGCUGGUCUCGCUGCUGGAGGUGAUCGAGCCCGAGGUGCUGUACUCAGGCUAUGACAGCUCCCUGCCUGACUCCAGCUGGCGCAUCCUCUCCACCCUCAACAUGCUGGGGGGCCGGCAAGUGGUGGCUGCGGUCAAGUGGGCAAAGGCAAUACCAGGUUUCCGAAACUUACACCUGGAUGACCAAAUGACCCUUCUGCAGUACUCCUGGAUGUUCCUGAUGGCUUUUGCUUUAGGAUGGAGAUCAUACAAACAAUCCAAUGGAAACCUCCUGUGCUUUGCACCAGAUCUGAUUAUUAAUGAGCAGAGAAUGAAUCUACCCUGUAUGUAUGAACAAUGCAAACACAUGCUCAUGGUUGCCCGAGAGCUGUCACGCCUGCAAGUCUCCUACGAAGAGUAUCUCUGCAUGAAGACCUUGCUUCUCCUCUCUACAAUUCCCAAGGAGGGCCUGAAGAGUCAAUCUCUGUUUGAAGAAAUCCGAAUGACCUACAUCAAAGAGCUGGGGAAGGCCAUCGUGAAGAGGGAAGGGAACUCCAGCCAGAACUGGCAGCGCUUUUAUCAACUGACGAAGCUGUUGGACUCUAUGCAUGAUGUGGUUGAAAACCUUCUGAGCUUUUGCUUCCAGACCUUUUUGGAUAAAUCCAUGAGUAUUGAGUUCCCAGAGAUGCUGGCAGAAAUCAUCAGCAAUCAGAUACCAAAAUACUCCAACGGAAACAUCAAGAAGCUGUUGUUUCACCAGAAGUGACUGCCUUAACACAAAAGGGUUGCCUUAAGAAACCGUCAAACGAUAGCUUU